AUGAAGAAGUGUGUGCUAGUAAUGUCCUGUCAUGGGCUGGUGGUGGCGACGGCGGUGGCGCUGGCGCUGUGGGCGUCCGGCGCGACCGCAGCGGCGACGUACGACGCGGCCACGCCACACACGCCGCACAGACACAAAUAUAUACCGAUACAUGGUGAAAAGAACAGAGAAGACAUAUCUUUGACCACCGACGACGGGCCCCCACCACAAAGUUCCGGGAUGCCAAUAUCAGAGCUCAUACUGACGGCGCUAAGAACGGCGUUGGACGUGGUCAGGAACAUCAACAAGAGUCGGGCCAAUACUGUCCUACAGCCUGUCAACAACUCUACUGCGUUGAAGGUGCGUCGUACCAGGCCUACUCCCGGCGUGAGCGGCCGUGGGUUCGAGGACUACUACGACGAGCACCACGACCAUGACCACGAGACCACGACCACGGCCAAGCCCAUGAAGCAGGGCCGCUACACCGACCCCUGGGCAGGCUACUACGACUGGAUCAUCAACGAGGGCUCCUUCAAGUUCUGGAGCGUCUUCCAGCUUUUCACGGCCGCGCUGCUCCUGUACGCGUGUUUCUCCGCCAUCUACUACGCGAAGUUCAACCCGAUUCUGCCGGACUACAGUAUGGAGUACGAUGACUACUUUCUCGAGAGGACCGUCGGGAGGAAGGCCAGAAGCCUCGACUCCUCCGACCUACCUUCAGGGCUGAGCUGGAUCAACCCCACGACGUUUCAGUUCAUAUUGGACGCGAUAUCGAAGCAUUACGAGGAGUCUGAAUAGAUUAUAGGCAAAUGAAAUAGUUAUACAGGCGUACAAGGAUCUUUUGACACUUGGGUGACAUC